AUGACCGCCCCCCCCAUCUCUCUGGCAGUGGUGUAUCUCUGUGGGCCACCCGAGAUGCUGCGGCAGAUCAUGCAGCUGGCUCAGCGGGAGAACCUGACCAACGGGGACUAUGUCUUCUUCUACCUGGAUGUCUUUGGGGAGAGCCUGCGGGGUGACUCUGCCCGUGACCCCUUCAAGCCCUGGCAACAGAGCCCAGGCCAGGACUCUGGGCUGCGUGAGGCUUUCCAGAUGGUGCUGGUGAUUACCUAUUAUGAGCCCCAAAACCCUGAGUACCAGCAUUUCCAAACCCAGCUCAUCUUGCGAGCCAAGCAGAAAUUUGGGGUGCAGCUCAACUACUCCCUGAUGAACCUGGUGGCGGGCUGUUUCUAUGAUGGGAUGCUGCUGUAUGCCAUGGUGCUGAACGAGACCCUGCGGGAGGGCGGCUCCAAGAAAAACGCCACCCACAUCAUCGAGAAGAUGCGGGACCGCAAGUUCCAGGGGGUGACGGGGCUGGUGAGCAUGGACAGCAACAAUGAUCGUGACACUGAUUUCAACUUAUGGGCCAUGGCUGACCCCGAGAGUGGGCAGUAUGAGGUGGUGGGACACUACUCAGGUGUGGAGAAGCAGAUCCACUGGCUGGGACGACCCAUCCCCUGGGUAAAGGGGGCUCCCCCCUUGGACAACCCACCCUGUGUCUUUGAUGUGGAUGACCCCUCCUGUGAUAAAACUCCCCUCUCCAUGCUGGCCAUUGUGGCUUUGGGCACUGGCCUCACCUUCGUCAUGUUUGGCAUCUCUAGCUUCCUCGUCUUCAGGAAGCUGAUGCUGGAGAAGGAGCUUGCCAGCAUGCUCUGGAGGAUCCGCUGGGAUGAACUGCAGUUUGGGAGCCCUGAGCGGUACCACAAGGCAGCAGGCAGCCGGCUCACCCUGUCGCUGCGUGGCUCCAGCUAUGGCUCCUUGAUGACCACCCAUGGCAAGUACCAGAUCUUCGCCAACACCGGCCACUUCAAGGGCAACGUGGUGGCCAUCAAGCACAUCAACAAGAAGCGCAUUGAGCUGACGCGGCAGGUGCUCUUUGAGCUGAAACAUAUGCGGGACAUCCAGUUCAACCACCUCACCCGGUUCAUCGGGGCAUGCAUUGACCCCCCCAACAUCUGCAUUGUCACUGAGUACUGCCCACGAGGCAGCCUGCAGGACGUCCUGGAGAAUGAGAGCAUCAACCUGGACUGGAUGUUUCGCUACUCGCUCAUCAACGACAUUGUCAAGGGGAUGGCCUUCCUGCACAACAGCAUCAUCGGCCACCACGGCAGCCUCAAGUCAUCCAACUGCGUGGUGGACAGCCGCUUCGUGCUGAAGAUCACCGACUACGGGGCGGCCAGCUUCCGCUCGCCCUGCGACGGCGAGGACACGCACGCUCUCUACGCAAAGAAGCUGUGGACAGCCCCGGAGCUGCUGCAGAAGGGGCGCCUGCCCACCCCGGGCAUGCAGAAAGCCGACGUCUACAGCUUCGGCAUCAUCGUGCAGGAGGUCGCCCUGCGCAACGGCCCCUUCUACAUUGAGGGCAUGGACCUGAGCCCCAAAGAGAUCGUGCAGAAGGUGCGUAACAGCCAGAAGCCCUUCUUCCGCCCCUCCAUCGACAUCGGGGUGCACAGCGAGGAGCUGGCGGUGCUGAUGGAGCGGUGCUGGGCACAGGAGCCAGCCGAGCGCCCCGACUUCAGCCAGAUCAAGAUCUUCAUCCGUAGAUUCAACAAGGAGGGCAGCACCAGCAUCCUGGACAACCUGCUGUCCCGCAUGGAGCAAUAUGCCAACAACCUGGAGGAGCUGGUGGAGGAGAGGACCCAAGCCUACCUGGAGGAGAAGCGCAAGGCAGAGAACCUCCUCUACCAGAUUCUGCCACACUCCGUGGCAGAGCAGUUGAAGCGUGGGGAGACGGUGCGUGCUGAGGCUUUUGACAGUGUCACCAUCUACUUCAGCGACAUUGUGGGCUUCACUGCCCUCUCAGCAGAGAGCACCCCCAUGCAGGUUGUGACACUUCUGAACGAUCUCUACACUUGCUUUGAUGCCAUCAUCGAUAACUUUGACGUUUACAAGAGGCUGGCAGCGAGGAGCCUGAGGUGUCCUGUCUGCGCCGGAGUCGUGGGUCUGAAGAUGCCACGGUACUGCCUGUUCGGGGACACGGUGAACACCGCGUCCCGCAUGGAGUCCAACGGCCAGGCCCUGAAGAUCCACGUCUCUUCCGCCACCAAGGAAGUCCUGGAUGAAUUUGGCUGCUUUGAGCUGGAGCUGCGUGGGGAUGUGGAGAUGAAGGGAGGUGAAACUGGGGGCUUCUGCUGGGACUGA